AUGGAGAAACUAUCGUCAGACUAUCAACAUCCAGUCCCGAGAAAACGCGGUUCUAAAGGUCCACGACGUCUUCUAGGGUUUGUUAUUGUGGCAUGCAUUACCCAGGGAAUAUAUGUUCUGUCACAGGGACUUUUCGGUACAUCGGUAUCACAUUCUACUCCUUCUCCAGAAGUACAGGCCCACCGCGCUUCGCUGGUCGCCAAAUGCAAGGAUAUCCACACACCCGCAGGACCACCAUCGACAUUUAGCACUGCCGAGCGUGUCAAGAGCGGGAGUGAUCGCUGGGUUCCAGGUACUCCACCCACACUCUUGAAGAACGCGAAGAUUUGGACUGGAGCACGCAACGGGACGGAAGUUGUUUUUGGGGAUGUCUUGCUCGACAAAGGGGUUAUCGUCGCUGUCGGAUACAUACCACCAAACUUGUUGGAAACCACCAAGAUACAGAACGUUGGCGAGGACAUCAGGGUUUUGGACGUCGGUGGGAAAUGGAUUACACCUGGCCUGGUUGAUUUGCAUUCACACAUCGGAGUGUACAGCUCACCUGAACUCAGCGGAGCGUCUGACGGGAAUUCCCUCAAGGCUCCUAUUCUUCCCUGGCUUCGCAGUAUCGACGGUUUGAAUACCCACGACGAAUCAUAUCAGCUCGCAAUGGCGGGUGGUGUGACGACAGCUCAGAUUCUUCCUGGAAGCGCAAACAACAUCGGAGGACAGGCUUUUGUCAUCAAGUUAAGACCGACAGAGGAACGCUCAGCAACGUCCAAAGUUCUGGAACCACCUUUAUCGCUCACUCACUCCCCUAAUGGGACCGACUACAUCCGAUGGAGGCAUAUGAAGCAUGCCUGCGGCGAAAAUCCCAACCGGUUAUAUGGGCAAACCCGAAUGGAUGGCCAAUGGAAUUUCAGACACGCCUACGACGAAGCGCGGAAGAUUCGUGACGCUCAAGACGCGUUCUGCGCAAAAGUAGAGGCAAGAGACUGGGCGUCAUUAUCAGAACAAGAAGACUUCCCAGAAGAUCUCCAAUGGGAAUCUUUGGUAGAUGUUCUUAGAGGAAGAGUUAAGCUCUCCAUCCACUGUUAUGAGGCAGUUGAUCUCGAUGGAAUUGUUCGUCUUUCAAACGAAUUCAAGUUUCCUGUAGCCUCAUUUCACCACGCUGGUGAAACAUACCUCGUUCCAGACCUCCUCAAGAAAACAUGGGGAGGAGCACCGUCCAUCGCACUCUUUGCAAGCAACUUUAGGAAGAAGCGAGAAGCAUAUCGAGGCUCCGAAUUUGCACCCAGAGUUCUAGCAGGCCAUGGAAUACCCGUUGUCAUGAAAUCAGAUCACCCUGUUGUCAAUAGUCGCUAUCUUCUUUUUGAAGCACAGCAGGCCCAUUAUUACGGGCUCAAUCCAGCUCUUGCGCUUGCUUCUGUUACAUCUGUUCCUGCCCAAGCUGCAGGGCUCGGUCAUCGAGUCGGCACAAUAGCUGAAGGCAUGCUAGAUUUGUUUAUGUCACCUCAUUUUGCAGGCGUCAAUAAUGUAUUCCCUCAAGAUAUCGUUGUCUGGGAUUCGCACCCUUUGUCGUUAGGCGCUACACCGGAACAGGUUUACGUUGAUGGGAUCCCACAGAUAUCUGAUCCACAACCUUUAUAUAAGCCCGCCGCUUUUCAGGACCUCCCCGUGGUACCCAAUUGGGAUAUUGAAGCAAACGAAGCAGUCAAAUGGGAAGGACUUCCUCCCUUACGUGCCUCGCAACUCACAGGAAAGGUUGUCAUCUCCGGAAUAAACAGUCUAGUAGGGUUCAACGAUGGCGGUAUGGAAGAUGGCGAACAAAUUGAAACCGUGUUCGAGGACGAAGAGGGGUCCGGACGCACCAUCGUUGUCGACGGUGGAAAGAUCGUCUGCAUUCAGCAUUCCGCCGAUGACUGUACUGCUGAAAUAAACGACGACGCGGCCAAAUACAUUGAUCUUGAGGGUGGAACCAUCGCACCAGGUUUGACCACUUACGGGUCACCGCUGGGUUUGGUGGAGAUUCAGCUUGAGCCUUCAACAAAUGACGGAAAUGUACGUGAUCCACUGGUUGAUGGCGAUCCGCCGUCCUUGUUGGCAGGGAAAGCAGGUGUUAUCCGGGCUGUGGAUGGACUUGCAUUCGAAGGAAGAAAUCUCUUGCUGGCUCAUAGAAGCGGUGUUAGCACCUCCGUUACACCUCCCUCUGGAAGUGGCUUCCUAAAAGGUCUUUCUGCUACUUUCAGAACAGGAGCACAGCACGCGCUUUCCAGGGGUGCUAUAAUUCAGUCAGAGACCGCGCUUCACAUCACUAUCAGUUAUGCCCUCCCUGUAAGCGUAAGCACGCAGAUCUCCGCUUUACGAACCUUGCUCUUCGGGUCAGCCAGGUCGUACGUUGGUCAAGACUCCGAACAGGCUGAGCAGUGGAUGCAAGUCCGCAAGGGCCAAAUACCGUUGGUUAUAUCUGUUGAAAAUGCGGAUAUCAUAAGUACUCUCCUGAGCCUUAAACGCGAUUACGAAGACUUCAGUGGACAUCAACUCAAGUUAACAAUAUCUGGCGGCUCGGAAGCGCAUCUCCUGGCCAAAGAAAUCGCCUCUGCUGAUGUAAGCGUUAUUCUCACCUCGUCUAGACCUUAUCCCGGUACUUGGGAAAGCCGAAGAAUACUUCCCGGCCCACCUCUCUCGCGCAAGAGCUCGAUAACUACGCUGCUGGAUGCCGGUGUAAACGUGGCCAUUGGAACGGUCAACGAAUCAGCCGCACGUAACACGAGAUUCGAAAUAGCUUGGGCUGCUCUCGAGUCAAAUGGUACUAUCAGCAAAUCUCAAGCAAUUGCGCUGGCUUCAACCAAUCUUCACAAAGCAUUAGGUGUCAGACAUCAUAAAUUGUCGAUCCCCGACCUAAUAUUGUAUUCCGGAGGAAGUCCCUUUGACUUAGAGAGCAAGGUCACUGGCGUUCUGUCUGCAGAAAGGGGUAUCGUCGAGACUUUUUGA